AUGAAAAUAAACAGAUUGGAGCAGAGUUACAUGAACAUGGCAAAGCUUUCUGUUGCCAUUGCAAUCCUGAAGAACAAACCUGCAGCACAAUCAGCAUCUGACUAUACCAAGAGUCUAGCCUCUUCGAAUUUGGAACAGAUGUUGCAAUGGGAAGAUAAAUGUCAAGAAUUGGAAAAGUUGCAACAAGAUACACAAUUGCAAUGUGUGGCAAUUGCUAGCUGCAGUGUUAAUCAAUCAAAUACUUAUACUGAUUCAAGUGUUUUCCUAACACCACCUUGUUCAGGCCAGCCAACAGAAAAUUACACAGCAUUUCACACCAAUUUCCUGCAAUGUACUUACCAUUUAAAAUCCUCCUUGGCCCUUCUUCAAGAGCCCAAACUGAUGGACAAGGCUGACCACCUACCUAUAUUGAAGACUAUAGAAAACAGCUUGCACUUUCUUCUUGCAGACCCAACCAGAAUUAACAUCCCCAGUGUGAAGCAUAGUGUCAACAACAUUAUUGAGAUUUCUAAGAACGUCCCUCUAAACAGCAACUUUUCCUUGCAACUUGUUAAUACCAUGCAUCAAUUUUUUCAGUCAUUUAUGAAGGAUAUUUUGCUCAAUGACAGCAUAGAACCAGUCCAGAAAUAUGACCACAUUCAUUUAGUGUGCCAAUUUGUACACAGUCCUACUCUGCAAAAGACACUCUUUGAUACACUUCUCAAAUUCACUUCUCAAUUCUCAACUUAUUUACAAGAGUUAUGUAUCGGUCUGCAGCAAACACUUGACCCAAUCUACUUUGAGAAUAAUUACUAUGUGAUGUCCUGCCUAGCCGAGUGCUUUAUGAAAGCAGCACAACAGCCUGCAGAUCUGAAAACUUUCUUAAGUCUUAAAUUAGGAGAUAAAAUUAGAACCACAUUGGAGAACUGCUUGUCACAGGUUGUUGACACUUACCCUAUAUUUGCACAUUCUGUCUGGUAUCUAUUGGCACUACUGGACAGCAUCAAAUCAGACCACUCUCAAAAGCCUUCCUAA